AUGAGUGCUUUGCAUUUUGUUAAUAACAUCAUUGCCUUUAUUCCAGGAUACGAAUGGGUAGGAUGGAGGAACGACACUGCUGGAUGGGCUGGACUGCCACUAGAAAUAACCUUCGAGUUUGAUAAGGUCCGAAAUUUUUCUGCUGCUUAUCUCCACACCAACAAUCUCUUCACUAGUGAUGUUCAGGUAUUUUCCCAUGCAAGAGUCUUCUUCAGCACAAAUGGCCACACCUUCAAUCCGGAACCCGUACAUUUUUCCUACAUGCCAGAUCUCGUUAUGGAGCACUCCAGAAACGUCACAAUCAAGUUACAUCACCGCUUUGGUAAAUACCUGAAGAUACAACUGUACUUCGCUUCCAAGUGGAUACUACUGAGUGAGGUAGCAUUUGACUCUGUUCCAGCAUCGGGGAAUUUCACCGACCUCGUAGAAGACGACACCGCGCUGCCUCCUAUAGGUCCAGAGUACCCUCCUCAACGUGACGAAGUGAAAAGUACCACCUCAAAAGUGGCCAAUCUGACUGUAUCUCAAUCAAAAACAGACGGUCGUACCGACGAUGAGCCCGAAAGCUAUAUUGGAUUCAUCAUUGGUGCUCUCACCGUCGUGAUAUUGAUACUCGUAGCUGCUAUUGUAUUCAUCGCUUUUAGGAACCAGAGGAUUAAGGCAAUCUCUGGACUGACUGCUAUACCUACUGUGAGGAGUGAUUUGGAAUGCGAGAAGGCGGCCGUUGACGGUGACAGAGAGUGCAAGCCAAUGGAAUCCGUGGACCGUCCUGAACUGUACGCCCGCCACGUCGCGCACCAUCAGCAUCUCAUUAGUCCGGAUUAUUCAGAGGUUCCUGAUCUAGUGAGCCAAGAGUACGCAGUCCCAACGCUCAGGGUGGCUUCAAAAAUAGAUAAAGCCAAACCAUCUCAAGUGGCACACAGUCUUUUGCUCAAACCGCCUCCAGUACCGCCUCCUCCCAAAGGGUACUACACCCAGCGAGAAAUCAACACUGUUACCCUCCCACCUUCGCCGCCACUGUCGCCUACGGUGCCAUCGGUCUUCAACAGAUGCAGCUUGAAAAACCACUUCAUGCUCCCCCUAAGCCCAGAGCCAGACGAUGAGACAGCAAGUGCGGGUGAUUCAAGCAGCGCUUUAGAAGAGGAGCCACAGGUGUCAAUUCAGAAGUUUCCUAGGGAAAAGUUCCGCAUCGUCGAUAAAAUCGGCGAGGGACAUUUCGGAGAUGUGCAUCUGUGCGAGAUGCUGGAGUCGCCUGAGGAUGCGCCUAAUAAGUUGGUGGUACUGCAUACGCUCAAAGUAGAGACCUUCCGGGAGGAGUUUGUCCAGGAAGUGAAAGCCCUAGCGCGACUGAAGGAUCCGAACGUGUCCAGAUUGCUGGGGGCUAGCCUUGAUGAGGAACCCUUAUACGCGGUUCGAGAGUACGGAGUUAUGGGGGACCUGUGCCAGUUCCUGCAGGAUCAUGUGGCGGAGACUGCCACGCCGUUGGCACCCAGUGCAUGUACACUCAGUGUGUUUUAGAAAUGGAAGAGAAGGUGUUGAAUGCAACUUGCUCAACAAUUUCAGAAGUCGAUACCACAUGGCUCGCUAUAAAGAUGAUGCUCGUAUUUGCACCCGCGGUGGCACUGUUUGUGAUGAUAGUGUGUGUAGCAGUGCCCUGCUUGAAGAGUUACCUCAAAGUGCGUUUUGAAGAGGAUAUUGAGGAAAACGUUGAAGAUCCUCAAGCUGAGACUGAUUGUGACAGAUCCAGUUUGCAGUAUGGAAACCUUGCCAAUCAGAUUGAUUUAAUGGGACGUAUUGGGAAAGGGAGGUAUAGUGAAGUUUGGAAAGGGUUAUGGAAAGAAGAGUUAGUGGCAGUUAAAGUCUUACCGUCAAAGUAUGGAGUCGUCUGGAUGAAGGAGACAGAAAUCUAUAGCACACUCCUGGUAAAAAAUGAGUAUAUCCUGGGAUACUUCGGGUCAGAUACGGUAACAAGGGAGGGCAUAACCGCUCAUUGGAUUGUGACUCAGUACCACCCAUUAGAUCUUUCUGACUAUUUAAUGAAGACUGUCCUGAAUACCACAAAAACGCUAGAUUUUAGCCUUUCUAUAGUAAAAGGGCUGGUUCACCUCCAUCACGAAAUACUCGGAAUACAGGGAAAGCCAGCUAUAGCUCACAGAGACCUGAAAAGUAAGAAUGUACUGGUGAAAUCUGACGGAAGCUGCUGCAUAGGCGAUUUUGGAUCAGCCAUCUCACAGGCCGAUCAUGAAAACCAGCAAAUGUCGGCCCAGCUUGUGCAAGUUGGAACCGUACGUUAUAUGAGCCCGGAAGUUUUAGACUCAAGCAUUCGAAAGGCCUGUUUUGAGUAUUUUAAGAAAUCAGACAUUUAUGCGCUAUCGCUAGUCUUUUGGGAACUAUGUUGCAGAACCGUAACAAACAACGAGGUUGAUAACAAACAAAUGCCUUAUUUCAACAUAGUACCAAAAUCACCAUCCAUACAGGAAAUGAAGAAAAUUGUAUGUGAUGAGAAUGUUAGACCUAUGAUUAUGGAGAGAUGGUCUUCAGAUCCUAUUUUGAGUGGUAUGACCAAAAUAAUGGAGGAAUGUUGGCACCAGAAUCCUGAUGCGCGUUUAUCAGCGCUACAAAUCAAAGAAUCUUUGUUAAAGCUGACGUAACAGAAGGACAUUUUCUGAGAAAUGAUUUGACAAGCUCUCUUGAAAUAGAUGUCUAGACAUCUCUAAGUGGACCGAACCUCCAUAACCCAUAAAGUUUACAACCUUUAGCAUAAACAGAAAGGCUGCUCGUAGAAAGAUAGACAUUUGUUUGUUUAUAUACUCGUAGGUACGAAUAUCAUGAUAAUCAAGAUGAAAGGAAAUUUCACGCUGAUAAAACAUGAUAUAACUCAAAAGCAAGCACAAUUGGAUGCAAAUAGAUGUUUGUGACAUAACCUCAAAAUAGAGCGCUGACACGGAGAAGUAUAAAACUAUGCUCGUUUUCGCGACUGGAAGACCUUAUCGCCAAUUUACGUGGGAAGUAAUUAACGAUUAUGAAUUACUUCUUUUUCAGCAUUUGGAAUUCCAAUUUUGAGUCAAUUAAGAAAUCGGACAUUUAUGCGCUAUCGCUGGAAUUAGAUAGAUGGUCUUCAGAUCCUCAUUCAAAAGGCCUAUUUUGAGUCGCUUAAGAAAUCAGACAUUUAUGCGCUGUCGCUGGUAUUUUGGGAAUUAUGUCGCAGAGCUAUGACGAACAAUGAGGUUGUUCAAACAACUUUCAGAAUCAAAACCGAUUGCAAACAUAGUCCGAAAAAAAAGUACAGCGGACGACAACUGUCUUUUUCAGAAUUUCACCGUGAAACCUUUGUGUCCUACGUUUAACAAAGAUAUCAUUAAAGUAACUUCCGAAAGUGUCAAACUGAUACAAAAAAUGUGUUUACUACGUUUAACCCCAUCUUUUGGCAUUUGAACUCGUAUUAAUUCUAUUCACAAAUCAUCUUCCAGGAGUGCGCUGUUUCACUUUCGUGUUUCUUGAAACUCUUCAAAUCAGAGAAUUGAAUUAAGAUUCACAAAACUCCACUAAUACUCAUGAUUAGAAGAGAUAUUGUCAAGGUCUUCUAAGGCACCUUUUGAUUGCUAUUUUUCGAGUAACAUCGUCGAUGGCAUGAAGUCAGUAGGUCUGGACAUACAAAAUGUUCUCACGUACCGGUUCUGUAACUCGUACCAAUUUUAUUACUUAUAACAUAAAAUUUGUCCCCUUUGAAUUGCCAGAUGACAUGCCGCCAUUUUGAUUGUCUCUUGCAUGCCAUUGGUCUAAACGCGUUCAGCUCCAUGCAUAUACGGGGGUACUACAAUAGUUACCUCGACUAGGUCAGCCAAAGAAGACAUGAAGAUCCAUCUUUAUUAAUCAUUUCCAACGAGCACCCAAUUUGGAUGCUCGUAAAAAGUUAAACAUAUGUUUGAUUAUACAGGUAAGAGUACUAGAAAAUGAGAUGUAAUCAAAUGAAAUAUUCAACUUUAAAAGAGUACAAAAGUUUAAGUAAAUCACAGCCGAGAGAGGUUUUUUUGGUAGAGUUUUCCUCGUAUCUCGGCUUGCUGUCACUUUAACGUUAACAACUGUCCAACUCUCCCACCUGUCGAAUUGGUAGGUGUUGAACAGAAUAGCUCAUCGAAUACUAUGGAGAAAAUCAUUUGUUAAUCUCCUUGUACAUAUUCUAAAAUUACCCCUUUCAAAUACGACACCUCUGAAUGAAUAACCAUCUGUCUGAUCUCUCAGUCCAGGUAACCAGCUCUGUGUUUGGGUUUCGAGAGAAAAGAACUCGUAAGCUCUCCGUUUUUUAGCACUUACAUUCUCAAUUUCCUUCUGGUCAUGAUUCAACUAAAUUUUCAUUCAGUGGCUGUUGUGAUUCUUGACAGUUUCAACAUUAUUCAAUUGAGCAUCUUUUAAUAUCACAUUAAUAUUGAUAAUGAAAUUAUCCCAAUCUCUUGAUCUCAUGGAACUCAUCUGAUUUAUAUCUCUAGUCCUCCUUCCAUACAUGAUGAGCUUAUUCUUUGAAUUGAGGUUUGAAUUUCAAUUAGAUAUAACCACUAUAAAUUUCAUCCUUGAUAGUUACUCAUUUGGCUGACAGAGUAACUCAACUAAACAACCCAGUCUUUUCUUCUCUUAAGUAACCUUUUUUAUUUUUUAUCUUAGAGGGUUAAUAAACG